AUGCUAUCAAACAGUUUGUUUACGCUGUUAAGACUUUCGAGUCGUAAGAAGAUAAAUCUUCUUGAUAAUUUUAAUUUCAAUUUGAAAACAAAACGGAAUUUUAAAUCUAUUAAUCUUUUUAGAAAAUUUACGUUCAACAUUGAUCUCGAAGAAACAAUAAAAACAGGAAAAUUGGUUCCGAAAAUUGAAUUAAAUUCAAUUGGUGUGUCCAGUUUAUUAGGCGAACGAUCGUUUAACGAAGAUCGAGUAAUCGCUGUUCAACUAUGUCCGCACCUACUGAUGUUUGGAAUAUUCGACGGUCACGGUGGCCCACAAGCAGUAGAUUUUGUUGCAACAAAAAUUAAACCUGCUAUUGACGAACAUUUGGCAAGUAGUCAAGAUUUGCCACAAAUUUUAAAAAAAGUAUUUCUUCACCUAAAUGAUUCAUUUAUCAAACAAGAAAUCACAAAGCUAAAUAUACAUAACCCUCAGUUCAGUGGCACAACUGCAACUGUGUGCUUGAUCAGGAAUGGGUAUGAUUUAUGUGUUGCUCAUGUAGGUGAUACUAGAGCCACGUUAUGUCGAUCUAACAGAGCAAUACGACUCACACAAGAUCACAAACCAGACUUGCGAAGAGAAAUGGAUAGAAUUAUCAAAUGCAACGGUUCUUUUUCAUGGUCGAGUUUUGGAAAAUCUCGGGUGAACGGACGACUUGAAAUGACAAGAAGCAUCGGUGAUCAAGAUCUCAAACCCUUCGGGGUAACCGCCGAACCCGACGUUGUUGUUAUGAAGAUCAGACACAGUACGGACUCGUUUCUCUUGUUGACAACCGAUGGUACCCACAGCAAACUGAACUCUGUUGAAAUUGUUCAAACCGUUUUAAACGCUGAAAGUACAGACGAAGCUGCUCAUCACCUAUCUGAUCUGGCUCUUUUUUACGGCUCUAAAGAUAACUGCACUUCAAUGGUCAUUCCUUUGGGUGCAUGGGGCAAGCACCACUUCGAUAACCGAAUUGGUUAUUUUCAAGGCUCGUCAAUAUUUCCAAGGUUCUGA